CAUUGCUGAUGAUCUCAACGUAACCGAUCAUGCCUCAUUUGUUGGCAGUAAAGUAUCUUCAGUUGCCUUUUUUGGCAGACCGCCAAAAGGUAUAGACACGGAUAGACGUAUGUUGUAUGCAGCAGUGUCCACUUAUGACCGAACUGAAGAAAAAUUUACACCGAUGACCAUCUCGACAAGGGAAAUAGUUUACAAUUCAACACAUAAGAGUAUUAAAUACUUGGAAAAUGAUAGAGAAUUGGAUGACUACAGUUUCUUAAGUGUUUAUCCGCCCAUGGGCAAUCCAAAUUUCGUAACCAAAUAUAUUUAUGGCUUUGAAUUAAACGGUUAUGGGUAUUAUGUCUCAAUACAACCUAUCUCUUCAGACCUUGCAAAAACCAAGUACGUAACUAGGCUUAUUCAAUUUUGUUUAGAAUGAUAGAUUCUAUGGGACUUACAUAGAAUCGGUGAUUGUAUGUAAACAUGAAUCCUUUGAUUACACUUUAGCGACAGCCGCCUAUAUUGAUUAUGGGGGAAACCAACGAUUAUUUAGCCAUCAGUUUUGGACAUCCUGGAAAUGUAGUAUCUAGUGAGCCUGAUCCCAAUUAUGGAACAGUUGUGUGUAGAUAUUCUAUGUCGGAUGCAAGGAUCCAUUUCUCCUAUUUGCAGUUUCAUUGUUACAAUGGUGGAGUAGGGUCAUACCCAUGGUGGGUUCACGGUACUUCUCAGACAUGUACGAUCACAAGGACGACAAAAAAUGACCAGAUGUGUUGGUAUGAUAAACAACAGCUGAAGAGUGGGCUGACAGGAGGUACAGACAUAGAUUCGGUGUUUGUUGCACAUGCAGAUAUAUGUGUUGACAAAAUGAUCACAUCAUUGGUUCUGACCAAUCAAAGUAAUCAUCCAAUAGCAGUCCUUGGAACAUCUGAUGGCCAAUUAAUAAAGAGCCUAGUUGGAAAUGAAACAUCUACAAGUCUAAAGGCAGAUUUUUGUGGGAGUAACAAACCUUAUAUGCGUUAUAAACUAAGUGACGGGCCAAUACUUCAGGAUAUGAGGAUGGAUGCUAAAGAGGAGUAUGUCUAUGCUAUGUCUGGCAAUAAGAUUUCUCGGUUCCCACUCAACUCCUGUGCUGUGUAUGAUAAAUGUUCAAGCUGCGUGAGCUCCCGGGACCCGCAGGGUUGCGGUUGGUGUGGCAAUCAUUGUAGUAAACGGGAUGAGUGUGUGGAUCCGAAUGUUGAGUUUUCACCACUAACUUGUGAACCAAUUAUUACAUCAAUUUAUCCAUUGUCAGGACCUACCGAUGGAGGCACUCUGCUCACUGUAAAGGGAGACAAUUUUGGGUACAAAGUUCCUGUAGUGACUAUUGGUGACAGUACCAAUAAAUGUUCACCAUUAUCAGAAAGUUUGAGCAACACAGAAAUCAAAUGUUCAACACAUGCAUCUACAACGGAAGGUAGCUUUACUGUCAAGGUCGAGGUCAGUGACCUCACAGGUGAAAAGUUGAACUAUAAGGUUGAUGGAACUGCAGAAACAGAGAUUAUGAAAUUUGAAUACAGGAAACCUGUAUUGAAUAGUGUUACACCGUUGUAUGGACCACGUUCAGGAGGGACCAUUAUCACCUUAGAAGGAGAUAAUUUCAAUGUCGGUCUCAACAAAUCAGUGCAUAUUGGCACCAAACUGUGCAAUAUGACAAGCUCAAAUAGAACAGUGAUUUUGUGCAAAUCACCACAAGGCCCCCUACUGUUGGGUUCAUCUGGAAGACGGAAACGUGCCAUUAAGAAAGACUUUGUUACAUUGACAAUAGAUGGCGCUUGUACUCCACAGUACAGACCCUACGAGUAUAAAAAAUGA